UUUAUUGCAGGGUUGUGGCCCCUGAGGUCAGAUUCUCAUCGGGAGACAGACAAUACGUUGGUGCUGUCCUUCGUUGGCCAGACCAGGGUUCUUAUGUUAAAUGGAGAGGAGGUAGAAGAGACGGAGCUCACAGGGUUUGUGGAUGAUCAGCAGACCUUCUUCUGUGGCAAUGUGGCACACCAGCAACUGAUCCAGAUCACCUCUGCCUCUGUGAGACUGGUUAGUCAGGAGCCCAAAGCCCUGGUGAGUGAAUGGAAAGAGCCCAAUGGCAAGAACAUCAGCGUGGCUUCCUGCAACACUAACCAGGUCGUGGUGGCUGUGGGACGAGCCCUGUAUUACCUGGAGAUCCGACCCCAGGAGCUCAGGCAGAUCAGCUGCACAGAAAUGGAGCAUGAAGUUGCCUGCCUGGACAUCACCCCCUUGGGGGACAGCAAUGGGAUGUCCCCACUGUGUGCAAUCGGGCUCUGGACCGACAUCUCUGCCCGCAUCCUCAAGCUGCCUUCCUUUGAGCUGCUGCACAAAGAGAUGCUGGGAGGAGAGAUCAUCCCUCGCUCCAUCCUGAUGACAACCUUUGAGAGCAGCCACUACCUCCUGUGUGCCCUGGGGGAUGGAGCGCUCUUCUACUUCGGGCUCAGCCUUGAGACAGGUUUGCUGAGCGACAGGAAGAAGGUGACCCUGGGCACCCAGCCCACUGUCCUGAGGACCUUCCGCUCUCUGUCCACCACCAACGUGUUUGCCUGCUCUGACCGCCCCACCGUCAUCUACAGCAGUAACCACAAGCUGGUCUUCUCCAACGUCAACCUGAAGGAGGUGAACUACAUGUGUCCCCUCAACUCGGAUGGGUAUCCUGACAGCUUGGCACUGGCCAACAACAGCACCCUGACAAUUGGCACCAUUGAUGAGAUCCAGAAGCUGCACAUCCGCACCGUUCCCCUCUAUGAAUCACCCAGGAAGAUCUGCUACCAGGAGGUGUCCCAAUGCUUUGGGGUGCUCUCGAGUCGUAUCGAGGUGCAGGAUGCCAGUGGAGGCACCACUGCACUCAGACCCAGCGCCAGCACCCAGGCCCUCUCCAGCAGUGUGAGCACCAGCAAGCUGUUCUCCAGCAGCACAGCCCCCCAUGAGACAUCCUUUGGAGAGGAGGUGGAGGUGCACAACCUGCUCAUCAUAGAUCAGCACACCUUUGAAGUGCUUCAUGCUCACCAGUUCCUACAGAACGAGUACGCCCUCAGCCUGGUCUCCUGCAAGCUUGGCAAGGACCCCAACACCUACUUCAUCGUGGGCACUGCCAUGGUGUAUCCCGAGGAGGCAGAGCCCAAGCAGGGCCGCAUCGUGGUCUUCCACUACUCCGAUGGGAAGCUGCAGAGCCUGGCUGAGAAGGAGGUCAAGGGAGCCGUGUAUUCCAUGGUGGAAUUCAAUGGGAAGCUCUUAGCCAGCAUCAACAGCACGGUGCGCCUCUAUGAGUGGACAGCAGAGAAGGAGCUGCGCACGGAGUGCAACCACUACAACAACAUCAUGGCCCUCUACCUGAAGACCAAAGGGGACUUCAUCCUGGUGGGAGACCUCAUGAGGUCCGUGCUCCUCCUCGCAUACAAGCCCAUGGAAGGGAACUUCGAGGAGAUUGCCCGGGACUUCAAUCCAAACUGGAUGAGUGCUGUGGAGAUCCUGGACGAUGACAACUUCUUGGGAGCAGAGAAUGCUUUCAACCUGUUUGUGUGCCAGAAGGACAGCGCAGCCACGACCGAUGAGGAGCGUCAGCACUUGCAGGAGGUGGGCUUGUCCCACCUGGGGGAGUUUGUCAAUGUCUUCUGCCAUGGAUCUCUGGUCAUGCAGAACCUGGGGGAGACCUCCACACCCACCCAGGGCUCCGUUCUCUUCGGCACAGUCAAUGGCAUGAUUGGCCUGGUGACCUCACUGUCAGAGAGCUGGUACAACCUCCUCUUGGACAUGCAGAACAGGCUGAAUAAAGUCAUCAAGAGCGUGGGCAAGAUUGAGCAUUCCUUCUGGAGAUCGUUUCACACCGAGCGCAAGACGGAGCCAGCCACGGGGUUCAUUGAUGGUGACCUGAUCGAGAGCUUCCUGGACAUCAGCAGGCCCAAGAUGCAGGAGGUGGUGGCAAACCUGCAGAUUGAUGAUGGCAGUGGCAUGAAGAGGGAAGCCACCGUGGACGACCUCAUAAAGAUAGUGGAGGAGCUCACCCGGAUCCAUUAGGAUUUGGGCUCAUUCCCAACCACCUUCCUCCAUGGAGUGCAAAGGAAUCUUCCCCCCCUGA